AAUAAUAAGAUUUUCGUGCGCGUGUCCUAAGCAGCCUCGCUCCAGAUCCCCCACGGGCCACGUCCCUCUCGAAGGGCGUGGCCUCCACAAGUUCGUCACCCACCCAUCUUUCAAUUCCAAAAUAUAAUUCACCUACCCCCACAGAGAGCCAGCGAUUCAUUGAUUCAGACCCAAGGAAGUUCCAGAGAUCCAUUUCAAUGGCGUCGAUUCUAAGCUUGGUAGGUGCCGGGUUUACUUACAGCAAGUCCCCCGCUGAGGGCGUCAAGCGAAGCAGAGGAGGAACCACCGUUGGAGCCCACUCCGAGUCUUUAUCUUUCGGUCAUGUGGGUAGAGCCAGGCCGAAUCGUGUGUUGGUGGUGAGAGCGGAGGGUCAGGGUGUUAACCCGGAGAUAAGGAAGAGCGAAGAGAAAGUAGUGGAUAGUGUCGUUGUCACCGAACUCUCCAAGCCUGUCACUGCUUAUUGCAGAUGUUGGAGAUCCGGUACUUUCCCUUUGUGUGACGGAAGCCAUGUUAAGCACAACAAAGCUACUGGGGACAACGUUGGACCAUUGCUCUUGAAGAAAAAGUAACAGUAAUUAUAGUACUAUUAUCUAGGUACUUUAUCUCAUUUGUUGCGCUAGAGCUGAAGAUGUUCAUUUGACGAAUAUUAUUUUCUGUACAAUGGAUUUUAUUGAGUUCUUCAGUUUCCUGCCUAAACAAUGGUGUCAUAUUUUAAAAUUAUGUCCAGAAAGAAAAUAUCAAUAAAUGUGUGUCUUGACUAA